CGCUGCGCAUGCGCGGGCGGAUGAGUUGGUUGGGAUCGCGUCGCUGCGCGUUCCCGGAGAAUCCGCGCUCCCGUUGCUUGCGUCGUGCCGUCUGUGUCUGUGUGUGCGGGGGGGAGAUGGAUCCCGGGCGCUCGCCCCAUUAAACACAUCGAACCCCCUCUAUAAAGUCUCCAAAUCUUCUCCUGAGGGUUUGAGAAAAGAGCCGGCCACUUCCCGGACCCCGCUGUACGUCUCCGAGCCCCGCCGCCUCCCGGUGGUCGGGUUUAUUAUUAUUCUCCUCCUCCUCCUCACUAGCCCUCUUCCUCUCUGUCGCCUCCACACCCCACUCACACACGGCAUUGAUGGUAAUGUAUGCAAGGAAACAAGCGAGACUCAGUGAUGGCUGUCACGACCGAAGGGACUCCCAACCCUACCAGACUCUUAAGUAUUCAUCCAAGAGUCAUCCCAGCAGCAGUGAUCACCGUCAUGACAAGAUGCGAGACUCCACAGAUCCUUCUCCACCAAACAAAAUGCGAAGAUCAAACAGUCCUGAAAAUAAGUAUAUUGACAGUGCAGGACAUGGUAAAGCCAAAAGCAUGCACCUUCACAGAGUCCGUGAGAGGGAUGGAGGGACCAGUUUUUCUCCACAAGAAAAUUCACAUAACCACAGUGCUAUUCAUAGUUCAAAUUCACAUUCUUCUACUCCAAGCAAAACUUCUGAUUCUGCGUAUGAUCCUGCAGAUGACUGGUCUGAGCAUAUUAGUUCUUCUGGGAAAAAAUAUUAUUAUAACUGCAGAACUGAAGUUUCCCAGUGGGAAAAACCUAAAGAGUGGCUUGAAAGAGAGCAAAGACAAAAAGAGACGAGCAAAGUGGCAGUUAACAGUUUCCCCAAGGAUAGAGAUUACAGAAGAGAAGCAAUGCAAGCUGCUGCAGCUGUGGAGGAGAAACAUUCCAGUGAUACCAGCACGAUGCUCCCACAGAAUAUCUUGUCCCAAACAAGCCGGCACAAUGACAGAGACUACAGACUGCCAAGAACAGACUCUCACAGUAGUGCUGCCCCAGUGCAACAGCCAGUUAAAGCAGCGGUUCACCCAGCUGCUGCCCCAAGCACGGUUCCUUCUAGCCCUUUUACAGUACAGCCUGAUCAUCCUCCUCCAAAGAAAUCUUAUGAUGCAAAUGGAGCUGCUUUAUCCAAACUGCCUACACCCACAUCUUCCAUACCAGUGCCGAAAUCUGAAAGGAAAGAAACGGCAUCUUCUGAUAAAUCCUCCUGUACAACUCCUUCCACAUCAUCUGCGCCUGGAUUGAACCUCUCUGCUGCUCCUCCCUCCUCCUCCUCCUCCACAGUCCCUGUCUCUCCUGUGCCGCAGUCACCAAUCCCACCGAUACUGCAGGAUCCAAACCUUCUGCGCCAGCUGCUCCCUGCCUUGCAAGCCACUCUACAGUUAAAUAAUUCCAAUGUGGAUAUAUCCAAAAUUAAUGAAGUCCUUACAGCAGCUGUGACACAGGCCUCUCUGCAAUCUAUUCUACAUAAGAUUCUAACUGCCGGGCCAUCCGCUUUCAAUAUCACCUCUCUGAUCUCUCAAGUUGCACAGCUGUCAGCACAAGCUGCCCAGUCUAACCAGUCUCCGAUGUCUUUGACAUCUGAUGCCUCAUCACCAAGGUCAUAUGUAUCCCCUCGAAUCAGCACACCACAGACAAAUACCGUUCCCCACAAACCUCUGCUCAGCACGCCACCUGUGACAUCACAGCCAAAGGUUGGUACCCCCGGUUCGAAGCAAGGAUCUUCCGCACAGACAGCAUCUCAGCAGUCAUCGGCUGCUGACAAAUCCCAAGGGCAUGAACCUACAUCCCCUCGAAACCUUCAGCGUUCAAGUAGUCAGAGAAGCCCAUCUCCUGGUCCAAAUCAUAACUCCAGCACUUGUGCAUCGAGUACAUCAGCACCACAGAACUCGUCUGCACGAUCUUCGUGUUCGUUGACGCCUACACUAGCUGCCUACUUCAAUGAAAACCUUGUAAAGCAUGUUCAAGGGUGGCCUGCUGAUCAUGCAGAGAAGCAGGCAUCAAGAUUACGGGAAGAAGCCCACAAUAUGGGAAGCAUACAUAUGUCAGAAGUUUGUACAGAGUUGAAAAAUUUAAGGUCUUUAGUUCGAGUUUGUGAAAUUCAAGCAACUUUGCGCGAGCAAAGGAUACUGUUCUUGAGACAACAAAUCAAAGAACUUGAAAAACUGAAAAACCAGAAUUCCUUCAUGGUGUGAAAUCCUGACUUGCACAAGGUUUUAGAACUGUAAACCUAAGAGCCCAGUCUUAAGAUAUAUGGACUGCUCAUGAGCAAAUGUUGGACCGUUGAGCUGGACUGUGGACUCUUCAUGGGGAGUGGGGACUGGAGGAAGUCAAUUCAGGGGAGGCAAAUACAAGAGUGAUUUGUAAACACCCUUGAAAUGUAGAUUUCUUGUAGAUGUAUCCUUCACGUUGUAAAUAUGUUUUGUAGAUUGAAGCCAUGGGACGCCCAUGUGUAUCAGAGCUUUGACAUCCAAAACUAAUCAAUGCUGAGGUGGUUAAAUACCUAGCCUUUUUUCAUGUACGCGUGUCUGCAAAUUUAGCUGUUUUUCUUUUUCUGUUAAUUUAUCAUUCAGAAAUCCUCGCUUUUCCAGAAAUUAGAUGCCGGCAGCGGGCAGUGUUUCCAUGUUUGAAACCUCGGAACAGUCUGGGCAGUGUACAAAACAUUUUUGCUACAUCUCAUCCGAUGCACCACAGCCUUGUUUAAAAGCAGUGCUUUUGUUAAUGUAAUUUUUUUUUUGUUGCAAGGAAAUAUAUCCUGUAAUUGUUCCUCCCCCACAAAGAUCUAGACUCAGUAUUUUUUUCCAUGCAUCUAAUUUCCUCCUUUAUGGCACUGUUGCUUUGGCACUUUUUUUCCUAUUCUCUUUUUCAUUCCUGUGUACAGUAGCUUACAUUGCAGUGACUGAGCGAAAGCCACUUGUUUGUAUAAAUUAUUGAAAAGUAUUUCCACUUGCACCCUAUAAGGAUCUACUUAUAGCAGUUGGGCAUGUGUGCUAAAAGUGCAUCAUUUGCUCAGUCAUAUAAUACAAAAAAAAAGCAAAAAAAGAAAAAAAAAAAAAACCUAGCCCAAAUAAGAUAUACAUCAUAUGGUUGUGUGGGGGAACAGAGGAAACCAAGCUAGUCAGAUGUGAAUUGUAUCUGUUGUAAUAAACAUGUUAUAAGAGAGUUCGGCCUAUUCCUUUGUGUGUAAGGUAUCAGCCUGUGGAACCCAUGCUUAGAAGCUUCAUUGCUGACCAACUGCCCAGUGCCAAGGUGGUGCAAGCAAUUUUAUAGUGCAAUUUCCAAGCUGAUGUUGGUGUGUCCCCAGCAGCCUGUGUAAUAACUUGCUUUAUCUGUCUUCUUGGAUGUCCUCUUUUUUUUCAUUUUAAUACUGUUUGUGCCGUAGCCUACUGUUGCAGUCUGCUGUCGAUUACUGUUUUUAGCCAUCUCGAACCACUCGCGUUUGUCUACACAUAGUGGAAAGUCUCAGCUUUGUAUAUUGUUUUCUAAAA